AUGGUUCGCAUCACUUCCGUCUUCGCUGGGCUGUCGCUCGUAGCUGGUUCUAUCGCCGCGCCCUCUCCCGAAGGCCUUUUCUCCAAGCUUGCCAAGCGAGGCGGUACCCCCAACAGCUCCGGUACUCACGAUGGUUUCUACUACUCUUGGUGGUCUGAUGGCGGUGCUGAGGCUACCUACGAGAACGGCCCUGGCGGCUCUUACACCAUGUCUUGGCAGACUGGUGGCAAUGUCGUCGGUGGAAAGGGUUGGAGCCCUGGAAAGGCUCGAACCAUCUCUUACGGGGGAGAGUACAAGCCCAACGGCAACAGCUACCUCUCCGUCUACGGAUGGACCAAAAACCCUCUGAUCGAGUACUACAUUGUUGAGCAAUUCGGUGAUUACGAUCCCUCCACCGGAGCUCAGAAGAAGGGAACUGUCGAGGUCGAUGGCAGCACCUACGACAUCUUCACCCAGACCCGUACCAACGCUCCCUCCAUCGACGGUACACAGACUUUUGAGCAGUACUGGUCCGUUCGCAAGGACCACCGAUCCACUGGUAGCAUCGAUGUUGGUGCUCACUUCGACGCCUGGGAGAAGAACGGCAUGAAGCUCGGUACCCACGACUACCAGAUUCUCGCUACUGAGGGUUACUUCAGCAGUGGAUCUUCCCACAUGACUGUCUCUGAGGGCGGUGCUUCUUCCGGUGGUGGUGCCUCCACUGGUGGUGACAGCUCUGCUCAGCCUGACACUGGUGCUGGUAACGGUAACGCUACUCAGCCCGAUGCUGGUAACGGUGGUGACGCUGGUGCUGGUACUGGUGCUGGAAACGGUCAGGGUGAUGCCGGCAAUGGCCAGCAGCAGCCCGGUGCCGGUCAGGGACAGGACCAAGGACAGGGUCAGGGACAGGACCAGGGUAACGGUCAACAGCAGCCUAGCUUUGGAAACGGCCAGCAGCAGGGCGGUAACCCCUUCCAGCAGGGAGGUGCCCAGCCCCAGCAGGAGCAGGCCGCUGGCGAAUCUUGCCAGAGCAACUAA